CUGUCUAGGUAGUGUGACCGGUUAGUUUGUUGUCAUGCCUUUUCAUUCAUUCACGGUCUUUAUUUAUUCACUCCCUCCGCAGCGCCCUAGGGUUGCGCACGCGCGUAUCAUACUUCAUUAGAUUUAGUUUUUUAAACAGUGCAUAUGAUUUGAUGAAAAAGUGAAAUUCUAAAGUCACAAAUAUAUUUAUUGUGUUUUAGUGAUAUUGUCUAGUGAUAAAUUGGAUUGGUUACCUAUGGAAUAAAUUUAUCUCUUAAAGCUUUAUUAUCUGGAACGCUUGAGAGUCAUUGGGUGAUUAGUACAAAUAAGCAAGUAGAGUGUUAAUAUUGUUUCCUCUGUGAUUAUUUAAUAAUGGAUGAUAUUCAAAGGCAUAUUGUCCCUUCGUUUAACCAGCGCUAACAAGAAGCAAGACAUCAUAUUGAUUCAUCAGAGGAAUAACAUCAAUUGGUUGAUUUCCAAAUAUUCCGUGAUAAUCAGAAAACGUGAUCGACUCUACGCAGUCUAUUUCUUCUGGUAAAUAAAGUGUGUCACUAUGUGUGUCAUACGGAGACUCUUCAGAAUCGAGCAAAAAAUACAAAAAUUUAUUUAAAAAAACAAAGAUAUUAAUUUUCCUUAGCCUGCGAAAUGGAAUCAAGCAAUAUUUUAAAUCGUAUGGCCUCAUAUGAUUUUAAGGCACCCAUAGAUAUUAUUUGGUUUGAUGAAGAAAAUUCCAAUGAAGUUAUUAACAUUGAUUUAACAUCUUCACCGGAUUCUAAUGAGAAAGAAAUCGUGUUAUUAAAUACGGAAGCUAGAAAUGACAACGUUGGCCAAACACAAAUAAGUGAAAAGUCAUCCGAAAAACUAUUUAACGUUUCAAAAAAGAAUAACAAAAGGAAACAAACGACUGAUCGUAGCAAUACUUCAAAAAAUCGGAAACAGAAGAAAGUCUCUAACAUCAGUCAUGAAUAUGUUACUGAGGAAUUGAAAACUAUAUCAAAAUACCUAACCCUAAUUAUUGAAUCAUAUAACCAUUAUUUAUCCGUCCUCAAAAACAAAAAAUACACAUAUGAUUAUGUAUCUCAAUCAAAAAUAAGUUUUUUGAUAACCAAACAACACUUUUUCAACGCAGCUUAUAAUUACGUUGUCAGCUAUAUUUUGCCAAAUGAAACAAACCAGUCCUUCACUGAAUUACUAUUAAACUACACUAGCAAUAUAGUAAUUGAAAGAAUCAAAACUGACUAUUAUUUAAGUAUCAGAGAAUUGUAUUUUGAAAUGAUUCAAUGGGUAAAGUUAAGACAAUUUAAAAUGUUGAAUAAUAGCAUAGAUAAAUCAAUAUUAAGAAAACAUUUGAAUGAUCCAUCGAAAAUAUCAUCAGCUAAGGAUAUUGCAAUGAAUGUUCAACAAUUAUAUUCAUCUAAUACAAACCCAAACAAAUUAUGUAUUUUUUCUUCUGGGCCCAUUGGAAGUGAAAUAAGUAUAAAUAUUGAUAAAUCUUUAAUACCAAAUCAAAAUCAAAUACCGAAUCAUAAUAAAGAGCCAGUGCGAAAUUCCGUUGAAUUAGAACAUAAUCAAGUGAUUCAGCACCAUAAUGAAUUGCCAUUAAAUAGAAACCUUUCAUUUCAUAACAUAAAUUUUCCGAAUACCAUUUCUGAAGCUCAACAAAAUGUUCGGGAAUCUGAAAGCAGGUUACAACAAUAUCAACCAUAUGUUGUGAAUGAAAAUAAUGGAAUUAGCCAAAACGCAUAUUUCAAUUAUUACCAUACUACGAACAAUUAUCAAAGUAAUAACUUCACUGGAAAUAAUAUAAUGCACAGAACUGCCGAAUUACCUCCCAAAGUAGUUCGAAAUCAAUAUGGAAAUUUACGAUCAUUUAGAAGAGAAAAUGUUUACACACAAACACCUGGACAAGACAUGCUUAGACCACCACCGUAUAGUUCACUGAUAGCGGAUUAUCGAAAUCAGAUAGAACUCAUUAACCAGGCUCCUGUCGUGCAGUCAGAUAUGUCAAGCGGCCCUGACCUCACAAGAUCAUCUGUUUCUACGGAUAGUGGAUUUAUUAGCCCAAUUGGAUCAAAAACUUGUAGUAACGCUAUAGAAGAUAUCGUGAAUCAGUUACUCGAACUGGAGAAUAGUAUUCAACCGACCAAAUCACCAGCUACCAAGAUAACUUGCCAUGUAUGUCACGCAAAAUCUACAUUAAUGUGCGCGGCAUGUUUCAAAACGAAUUAUUGUAGCACUCAAUGCCAGAGGGUAGAUUGGGAGAAUCAUCGACUGAUAUGUCGUUGACUUGACAAGACCGGGAAGUGGAAGAGUUGAUUUUUUAUUACUUGAUUAUACUUGAUUACUUAUACUAAGGACCUCUAAGACAUUGUUACUUAUUAAAAACUUGGAUUGUU